GGACCCCAGAAGUGGAUGGGGACCCCAGAAGUGGAUGGGGACCUCAAGUCUGGACAGGGACCUCAGAAGUGGGACCCCAAAACUGGAUGGGGACCCCAGAAGUGGGAGCCCAGUUUUGGGGUGCCCACGUCCCCCGUGGUGUCCCCAGGCCAGGUGCAGAGCCGGGAAUGCAUCGAGGACGUCAUCAAGUUCGCCUACGAGGAGAAGCUUUUCCUCAUGGCUGACGAGGUGUACCAGGACAACAUCUACGCCAAGGGCUCGGCCUUCUACUCGUUCAAGAAGGUCCUGAAGGAGAUGGGGCCACCCUACUCGGAUUCGGUGGAGUUGGCCUCCUUCCACUCCAUCUCCAAGGGAUACAUGGGAGAGUGAGUGCCUGGAAUUCCGGGAUUGUCACC